UUCUAUGUCAACGCAAAUACACUCUGGACAUUAUCUCUCAAGCCGGUCUCUUGGGUGCCAAACCAGUGGCUUUUCCUAUAGAACAGAACCAUUCGCUAGCCUUGGCUACGGGGGACCUACUUCCUAACCCCGAGUCAUACCGACGGCUAGUUGGCCGCCUCAUUUAUCUCUCUUUCACCCGGCCGGAUCUGGCUUAUGCUGUUCACAUUCUCUCUCAGUUUAUGCAGGCACCCCGACAGGAACAUUGGCAAGCUGCCCUUCGUGUAAUUCGCUACCUGAAGGGUUCCCCAGGCCAGGGUAUUAUACUAUCUGCUUCUUCCGAUUUGCAGCUCACUGGCUGGUGCGACUCCGACUGGGCAAGUUGUCCUCUCACUCGACGCUCUCUCACAGGGUGGAUCAUAUUUUUUGGGAACUCUCCAGUGUCCUGGAAAACUAAGAAACAACAUACCGUAUCUCGUUCUUCUACAGAAGCUGAGUAUCGUUCUAUGGCGGCAAUCACUUCGGAAUUAAAAUGGCUCAAAAGUCUUUUAAUGUCUCUCGGGGUGACACACUCACGACCUAUAUCUCUACGUUGUGAUAGUCGUUCUGCACUCCACAUCACACAUAAUCCCGUGUUUCACGAACGCACCAAACAUAUUGAAGUUGACUGUCACUAUGUUCGUGACGCCAUUCAGGAUGGCACUCUUACUGCUCAUCACGUUUCUACCAAUGAUCAACUAGCUGACAUUUUCACCAAGGCUCUCGGUCAGAGACAAUUUCAUUUUCUUCUCGGCAAGUUGGGCAUUUUUAAUCCCCAUGCUCCAACAUGAGGGGGUAUUAG